UUUCAGAAAACCUGAUAAAAGCUUCGGAUUCAAAGAAGGAGAUAUUUCUGCCGCUAAACCACAAAACACGUCUAGGACCAGCACAGGAGCUCCUAGAGCUAAAGCCACUGUUGUGUUGGCCCCCACAGCUAUAACCACCCCGCCUAACACCAAAACAACAGCAGCUGCAGAUGCCACACGUAUUUUCUUUCUUCUAAUCUCUUUCUUCUUCUCUCUCUCUUUCUCUUGUUUCUCCCUCUCUGCGUCCAAUAUUUUCCUCUUUUCAUUCUUCUUCUCUUCCUCCUCCUGUUGCCUGCGUUCCUCCUCCUCUCUCAGCUUCCUCUGGGCCUUUUCGUACAUCUCAUUGGUGUAGAGAAAAAGAAUUGAUUUCAGAAUACUGCUCCUGGUUUACAAAACAAUACAUGAUCUUGCACCUCAGUACAUCACAGAUAUGCUCAUCACCUACACCCCAGCAAGAACACCGCGGUCAACAGGCAGUGGUAACUUACUCGACCUACGCAACUUACUGUGUGUGUGUGUGUGUGUGCGUGCAUGCGUGCGUGCGUGUGUGUGUGUGUGUGUGUGUGCGUCCAUGUGUGGUUGUGUGAGUGUGUGCAAAUGUAUGAGUUUAAGUGUGUAUGCAGUGAAGAUGGCAUGCAUAUAAUCGUUUACUUGCACUCAUAAAUUAAUUUCUAAUUGAUUUUUAUAGAACUGUUUUUACUUUAACUAUGUUUACCUGUUGUGAAGCACACAAAGUUGAAUUGAAUUGAAUGAAUCAAAACUGGUUUGUUAUGAAACGAUCACUGAGGAGUUCCAGCACUGUAUAACUGCAGACUGUGUCCUCCUCCUCCUCUUGGAGUGAUUUCCUGCAAGUUUCCCGAAAACAAACUGAACCUGAACACUUCAAAAACCGAAAUCCAGUAUUCAGUGGCAGUAAAUAGAGAUCUGAUCCUGACAAGUACAACAUGAAACAAGCUGCCUGUUAUAUUAAACCCUCACAUACUAUUCCAAUCCUGUACCCUCACAGUAUGUUCCGGGUCAAAAUUGCCCCUUCAAAGAGUUCAAAGAGCAGCUUUCUGUCACAGAAAGUUCUCUUGACUAGUUAGGUCAUUUUGACCUCUGUCUAGGUGUGUCUGUGUUACUGUAUGUCUGUGUGCGUGUGUGUGUGUGUGUGUGUGUGUGUGUAUUUCUGUCAAGGUAAUGAUAGUUUCAUAAUGAUUUGAAUAUAUCUUUUUGAACAACAAACCUUAUAUUGAACACUGUUGUGACUGUUUGUCACUUGUCCCACACUGCUAGAUCUAAAAUCCAUCUAAAUAUAGAUACGGGUCAAAUUUGACCCGUAACAGCCUUAGAGGGGAAAUAUUUAUAGCACAUAAACAAAAAUACACAUGAAUAUUUUUAAAUGAAUUUCAUGUAUUUUGGAUUAUUUCAGGAAAAGUCAUCAAGUUUCAGGCUUAAAAAACGAUGUUUAGGGUAUUUUUACUGCUGUUAAAGGUCAAAAUGGGUCAAAUUUGACCCGAACAGUAUGUGAGGGUUAAGUGGAAAUCUACCAAAAACAGGAAGUAGACUCAACAGUGUUGUCACUUGACUGGCUAUAUUACAGUUUUUUACAAUCGGCCUAAUACAGACUCCAAUACUUCUGACACAUUUACAAAACUGCUUACACACCAACACACCAAUAACUCACAACUGACAAAACAGCUAACUUCAUUUUCAAAAGCUCACACUGUAAACUAAACACCUACACUAGUUUUCAAAAUGCAAGAAUACACCAACACAAUACACCAGAUCAACCAAACAACAACACCAAUUCUCUUCCAUCACAAACCUGUAGUCGUCAUAUGACACUGUCAUCAAAAACACUAACACCAAUUGGUUUUACAGAAACUGCAUUAUGUUUCAGGUGUAUUUUUUUGUAAAAUUUUUUGGAGUGCUGUUUCUUAUGAAACUCUUACAGGUAUGUCGUUUAUUUUACUUAUUUAUUUAUUUUUUGCAUGCAGCAGUUAGAUUUCAAAGGCUUUAUACAUGUCAGAAAUUCUGCAAGCCUGCAAGAAAAAAGAAUCAGCGUGGAUACCAACAGAAAAAUGUGCAGAAGAAAUAUGUAGUAUAAAAAAAUAAAAAUACUAUUGUAAGGGAAAAAGACCCUAAUCUGCCCGGUCUUCUGCAUUGGGCCACAUGGCCUCAUCAACAUCACACUGGACUAACUCCUCUCCCUCCACCAACUCUUCUUCGUUCUGCCAUUCUCUAUUAUCUUGUUUCUUCAGACCCAAACCGACACCCCACACCAAACUUUACAUGUAUUAGCUGUGAUUGUACUGAGCUGCUUUGACUUCAGUUAGUUGACUAAUUUACAUCAGCUGCUUUUCAAUGACAAUAAGAAAAAACAAGAGAUGAUUUACUGUCUUUGAAUCUAUAAAGUGAACUGCUUCUCACUUCAACUUUAGCCUGUUGGUUACAUUUAGAACAGGAAGUUAUCUGUUCUGACAUACUGUGUGAAAGCUUUUGUAAAUUUGUGGGUUUAAGUCAAUUGUUUUGUCCUUGGUAGAGCUUGUUUGUUUAAGAAGUUAAAAACAUUUUGUAAAUGUGUCCACUGUACUCACUUUGUGUCAAACAAACGAGAAAUGUUUUAAUUGUAUAGGCCACCGGUGCAAACCGGUGAAGAGUUUUUGAAACGUGUCAGAGGUAUUGGAAUUUGUGAUAGGACAAUUGUAAAAAACUGUAGUAUCAACACAGUCUGAACGGCUAAAUAGAAGUUUCCUUGUAGAGCCACUAGAUGGCACUCUACUACCACUUUUUCCACACUGGUCUCAUACCAAAGCUAGAGGUAGAGGUUAAACUACAGUUAGCGUAUCGUGUGUUGUGGGGUGUGUAAAUGAAAAGUUGUCUGAUGAGAUUCCUGACAUUAAAAGGCUGUUAGGGGAGAGUUUUCUGUCAAUGACUUUGUUUUCUGUAAAGAAGUUUCUUAAGCCAACUCUGUUCUUAUUUUUGUUUGUAUAUUCUGUAUUUACAGCUUUUUGCAUCCAUUGUAAGACAUAGAAGAUAAUCCCUGUCAGCACAACUCAUCUCCCAAAGAUUAAUGUGGAAGCUCUUCUCUCAUUACUCUUAUUCCUAGAAGUAUGUACAAAUGUACCACAAACUGUUAUAAUGCUCUCCUCCAAUGGUAUUCAAUGUGUGGCGUUAUUUUAAUGGUUUAAUUUGAAUUUCUAUGGACAGAAAACGCAUUUGGGUUCUUAACUCACUCCUGUGGCCUGUUCCAAUUUUCUUAUUCAACAAAAGUAAAAACUUUAGUUAAUUGAUGUAUUUAUUUUUGUUUACUUUGCACAGACUUCAUUUAGCCAGGUGCUUUUGCUCUUAGCAGCCCCUGUAGAACCAAGCUAAAGAAGCCUUUCACAUGAGAGCUGAAACAUCUUGAAGAUUUUGAUCAAGUUCCUGCUCUUUUAUAUUUCCACAGUAUCUCAGACUGCAACAGGAGAGGGACUAUAACUUCACUUCCUUGUGUAGCUCUGUGUUCCUGACAACAAACAAACCUUUUAUUUGAUGACAAUUGGUAUAAAUGUUUGGAGCCUUAAGUUUCACUUUAGUGGAAACACUUGGAGGAGGAAGUAAGGCAGAUAAUUAAAGAAGGUGGGAGGUGAGCAAACCAACCCUGUAUAAUAGCUGAACUGAAGGAGAAAGUUCAGAUUGUUUGCUUGAAAGCUCUUAGUAUAAGUCAGCUUUCCUGGUAUUUCCCUUUUCUACAAGAUGUCUCUAAGUUCACAGGCAGGUGAGUGUCUUUAUUUAUAGUAUUCUAACAAAUCUUGGUUUGUACACAUAUAAUUUUAAGUGAUUUGCAACUCAUUGAAUUCAAACAGUUAAACUGCUUUUUUGUUUGCAGCGUCCAGCUCUCCUGUUGUCCAGGACCUGAGGAUUGUUCUGCUAGGAAAAACCGGAUCAGGGAAGAGUUCAGCAGGGAAUACCAUCACGGGGGAGAUGGUUUUUGAAGCAAUUUGUUCACCAUCUUCUGUGACAAAAACUUGUAAAAGAGUCACCUCCCAACAUGAUGACAGAACUAUCAGCAUCAUCGACACCCCUGGAAUCUUUGACACGUCCACUACAGAUGCUGAACUGAAGACAGAAAUAGAGAAUUGUAUCUGUUUGUCUGUCCCAGGACCCCAUGUGUUCCUGCUGGUGAUCAGUCUGGGUGUGCGGUUCACAGGAGAGGAGAAGACAGCUGUCAAGUGGAUCAAGGACAACUUUGGAGAGGAAGCCUCAAAGUACACACUGGUGCUUUUCACCAGGGCAGAUGCGCUUGAGCGGACGUCUAUUGAGACGUUUUUAAAUCAAAGCCCUGAGCUCAGGGAGCUCAUCAGGACCUGUAAUACCAAGUACACCGUGUUUGACAACACAUGCUUGGAUAAUCGCACUCAGGUGAAUGAUCUGUUAGAAAAGAUAGAUGAGAUAGUACAGUUAAAUGGUACGCAUUACACCAGCAGCCUUUAUGAAGAGGCCCAGAGAAAGAUGGAGUCAGAAAAGAGGUGGAAGAAGUGUGGACAAUAUGCUGCCAGUGUUGGUACAGGUCUGUUAGGAGCAGCAGCAGCAACAGCAGCUUUUCCUGCUGUAGGAGUUGCUGCAGUUGCAGAGGAAGAAGCUGUAAGGGCAGCUUUAAUGGCUGCUGGUGGAGUCAUUACACAUGCAAUUGCAAACUGGAUGAGACGUUAAAAAAGGGGAAGAGUGAAGUCAUGUCAGCAUUUUCAAAAAGAAAUGAAGUCUUGGGAUUUAUUGAUGCACAUUCAUGUUAGUCACAGCAUGCCCAUUUUUUGCCCACAAUGGCAACCCUUUAAACUGCUGAUGCUGUUAACAAUCAUCCUGUUUUAAUGAGUGUAACACUGCUGUUUGAUUGACUUGUAAAAGCUAAAUAAAAAAAAAAUGAAAGGUUUUUUUCCUGUUUUUAUUUUUUUAAAUAAAAGUUUGUAUUACUGAUAUGAAAACUACAGCAAAAACUAUGGAGCCUGGACACUGUUACCUGUCUGAGAUCAUGGAGAACUUCAUAGUUGAAUUCAUAUUGACACAAAACUGAACGGGGUCUAGUUACUGUGGUUACUUUUUUGAAGAUGGAGUCCCUCAACCUUGAAUUACAGCUGUAAGCACAUAACUUAUAAAACGAAACCUUAAGAGAACACUUUGUUUGUUAGUGAGAGGGAAAAAUGAAAACAGAACUGUUUGCCUUUCCAAGUUGCUUUCUGUUGCCAGGAAAGACUGACUUAUCCUGUUCUCAUGUCGGUCAGAGUGUAUUACCUGUAACAUGAUAGGCAUCUGGUUAGUCUAGCUGUUGCAUUAAGAGUAACUUCAGGGAAACAGCUACAGGAGUCCCCACAGGGACAGAAGCAGUAAACGUUGACUGUGCAUGGUCCUGUGAUUUGAGUUUUGGGUUGUACACAACUUGUUUCACAGUAAGGGAAGACUUACCAGAUCUUGCUUAAAAUUCUUUUUUUGCAUUUUUUUCCAUGACAAAACAUUGCCCUUCAAUGUAAAAUGAAUAACCUUUUCUAUGUUCUUUAGUGCUGAAUGGAAAAUGACAGCUGCCAUGGUUAACAAGACACGAGGAUCUCAUUCUGAGGUCUUAAAGUAAAUGCACAAAAUUUCCACCCCACAAAACUCUGCAGAAUUGAUCUGAUUACAGAAAAGAGAGCCAAGUAACUGAUGCAGCAAUGCCAUGACAUCCCCCUAACAAAGCAAAAUCAGAUUAUCAUGAGAAGGAAGAGGGGUGGAAAGGUGAGGGGAAAUGAUUUUAUGUAGUGAUAGCCUAGGUAGAGGCCUUAUCCUUGUUUUAAACCUUCCUCCUUGCUGGCUGAGUUCUGUGUUGCAGGUAUUGGGGGAGGAGCUUACAGUCA